AUGACCAAUCUAUCGACAUCUGAUCAUUCGUCAGUGGUCUCCAUUAACUUAUUUGUAGCGCUCCUGUGCGCUUGUAUAGUGAUCGGUCAUCUAUUGGAGGAGAAUCGUUGGAUGAAUGAAUCCAUUACUGCGCUUGUAAUUGGUAUAUGCACUGGAGUUGUGAUUCUAUUAAUUACUGGAGGAAAAAACUCGCAUCUUUUGGUGUUUAGUGAGGACCUUUUCUUCAUUUAUCUGCUUCCACCAAUCAUUUUUAAUGCUGGGUUCCAGGUUAAAAAGAAACAGUUCUUUCGCAAUUUUAUGACUAUAACGCUGUUUGGAGCAAUUGGUACUCUGAUAUCCUUCAUCAUCAUAUCAUUGGGGGCCAUUACCUUUUUCCAGAAAAUGAAUCUUGGUCUUGCAAUAGGAGAUUAUCUUGCAAUUGGAGCAAUUUUCGCUGCGACAGACUCUGUUUGCACCUUGCAGGUGCUUAAUCAGGAUGAGACUCCCUUACUAUACAGUCUAGUGUUUGGCGAAGGCGUUGUAAAUGAUGCGACGUCUGUGGUGCUUUUCAAUGCAGUCCAGAACUUUGACCUUUCUCAUAUCAGUACAAGUGUAGCUCUGCAGCUAGUUGGAAAUUUUUUAUAUUUAUUUAUUACAAGCACAGUGUUGGGAGUUGUUGCUGGGCUGCUUAGUGCAUAUGUCAUAAAGAAACUGUAUUUUGGAAGGCAUUCCACUGAUCGUGAGGUUGCUAUUAUGAUGCUGAUGGCUUACCUUUCAUACAUGCUCGCCGAAUUAUGUGAUUUAAGCGCUAUUCUCACUGUAUUCUUCUGUGGGAUCGUGAUGUCACACUAUACCUGGCAUAAUGUCACUGAGAGCUCAAGAGUCACCACCAAGCACACCUUUGCAACACUGUCAUUUGUUGCUGAGAUAUUCAUAUUUCUUUAUGUCGGUAUGGAUGCCCUUGACAUUGAGAAAUGGAGAUUUAUAAGUGACAGCCCCAAAACAUCGGUAUCCGUGACCUCUAUUCUCCUAGGAUUGAUUUUGGUUGGAAGAGCAGCCUUUGUUUUUCCUUUAUCAUUCUUGUCCAACUUGACCAGGAAGUCUCCAUAUGAAAAAAUUAGCUUUAAGCAGCAAGUCACAGUGUGGUGGGCUGGUCUUAUGAGAGGAGCUGUUUCCAUGGCCCUUGCUUAUAAUCAGUUUACAAGAUCAGGACAUACUCAGCGACAUGGGAACGCCAUCAUGAUAACUAGUACAAUAUCUGUUGUACUUUUCAGUACUGUGGUGUUUGGCUUGAUUACUAAACCUUUGGUGAGGCUCUUGCUUCCCUCAUCAAAGCAAUUGGGCAGAAUGAUCUCUUCAGAGCCAGUUACUCCAAAAUCCUUCAUUGUACCACUUCUUGGCAAUGAACACGAUCCUGAAGUUGAUCUGGACGAACAAAAUAUUGUGAACAGUCAGGAUUCAGAAACUAAUCGAGGUGAUCGAAAUGGGAUCCGUCCAAGCAGUUUACGGAUGCUCUUGAGGAAACCUACACACACUGUCCACUAUUAUUGGAGAAAAUUUGAUGAUGGCUUCAUGCGUCCUGUUUUUGGUGGACGGGGUUUUGUACCAUAUGUUCCAGGCUCUCCAAUCGAACAAAGUGUGCAUCAAUGGCAAGGAGAGGCCAAACACUAA